GAUGAAGACUGAAACACGUGUUAUUGUUUUGGUUUACCGCUGUUUUCAGUUUGCAAGUACUAGCAUGUCAUGGACUUUCACGUUAUAUUUUACAUAGUGGUACAAAUGUGAAGAAACUUUAGAAGUUAUUUUCAAGUUUAGAAGCAAUGGAGAAAGCGUCCAUAAAAAAUACUCAGAGUCAAAAGUUUGGUUUUCCUAAACCAGAGCAAGUAAAAGUUUUGCAAGACAUUAGCCGUGCACAUGUUGAAUCCUUCAACUAUAUGUUAAAUGAUGGUUUACCGAGAAUUGUUAAAAACAUUGAACCCUUAGAAAUGGGAUUACCAAAUGGAGAUCGUCUGAAAGUUUGGAUAACUAAUUGCAAUAUUGGAAUACCCUGCAUAAAACGGGGUACUACAGCUAGAACAUUUAAAGUUUAUCCAGCUGAAUGUCGUUCUCGCUGUGUUUCUUACAAAGCUCCCUUUACAAUUACUGUAGCAUGGAGCUUGAAUGGCUAUUUACAAGAAUAUAUAGAAAGAUUGGUUGGUGAAAUCCCUGUUAUGGUGAAGUCUCAGGCUUGCAAUAUUAGUAAAAUGAAGCCGAAAGAAUUAAUUGCAGUUGGAGAAGAAGAAAAUGAAUUUGGUGGUUAUUUUAUUAUAAAUGGCCUUGAAAAAGUUAUCCGUCUUUUGAUCAUGCAAAGAAGAAACUAUCCGAUUGCUAUGCAAAGAAAUGGUUGGAAAAAAAGAGGUGACAUGUUUACAGAUUAUGGAGUCUCCAUUAGAUGCGUUGCUGAUGAUCAAAGUGGAUGUAAUCUUGUUCUUCACUACUUAUCUGAUGGUACUGUGAAACUAAUGUUUACUUAUAAGAAAGAACUUUUUUUUGUUCCUGUGAUGUUGAUUCUUAAAGUCCUUAUUGAUGAAACAGAUAAUUAUAUAUACCAGCAACUUAUUAAAGGAAGAGAAAAAGAUAAUUUUUUCCAAGGUUGUAUUACUAAGAUGCUGCGCCAGAUUAAUUCUGAAGGAAUUGUCUUCCAUAACCAAGCCCUAAAUUAUGUUGGAAAAAUGUUUAGUGUCAAGUUUGGGUUACCAUCUUGGUAUGAAAAUGCUGAUGUUGCCAGGUUUUUACUCAGAAAUUGUAUAUUGGUCCACCUUCAGAAUGACAAAGAAAAGUUUGAUCUGCUAGUAUUCAUGGUACAAAAAUUAUUUGCUCUUGUAAAAAAUGAAUGUGCAUUGGAAUCUCCAGAUAACCCUAUGAAUCAGGAGGUCCUGCUGCCUGGACAUCUUUUUCUUCUUGUUCUUAAGGAAAAACUAUACUCUUGGCUGGGAACUUUAAGACUCGCCAUUGAUAAGAAAAUAAAAUCUGGGAAAGUCACAACCUUUGAUCAAAAUGUUAUGAAAAACUGUAUUUUCAAGACAAUGGAUGUGUCCAAAAGUAUAGAAAAUUUCCUUGCUACAGGAAAUUUUGUGGCACGAUAUGAAAGCAAUCUGAUGCAGUCAUCGGGUUUAGUUAUUCUAGCUGACAAAUUAAAUUUUUGGCGAUAUUUAUCACAUUUUCGCUCUGUUCACAGAGGUGCCUUUUUUGCUGAAAUGAGAACAACGACUGUCCGAAAACUCCUUCCUGAAGCUUGGGGAUUUUUGUGUCCUGUUCACACACCUGAUGGAACACCUUGUGGCUUAUUGAAUCAUAUGGCUGCUCAAUGUCAGGUUGUGAAUGUGCAGCCUCCUACCAAUCACUUGGUUAAUAUUUUCUGCAAAUUCGGGAUGAUACCGAUUGAUGAUCCUUUUUCAUCUUUCCAAGAUGUGUUGACAGUCUUGUUGGACGGGAAAGUUGUUGGGUGGAUGUUGGAGAAAAAAGCAGCUAGUUUUGUCUACAAAUUGAGGCACCUCAAAUCAAAAUCUCUUCAAAAUGUUCCAAGCACCAUGGAAAUAUGUCUUAUUCAUAGAACAGAGCAUGCUUCACAAUACCCUGGUAUAUUUAUCUUCACAACUCCAGCAAGAAUGAUGAGACCUGUAAAAAAUAUCUCAUCUGACACUAUAGAGCUUAUAGGUACCAUGGAGCAAGUGUACCUGCACAUUGCAUUAGAUGAAGAAAAAGUAGUGUCUGGAGUAACAUUUCAUCAGGAAAUUUCUUCGCUUGGUGUACUGAGUAUGUUGGCCAAUCAGAUUCCUUACUCUGAUUUCAAUCAGAGUCCCAGAAACAUGUAUGAAUGUCAGAUGGGUAAACAAACAAUGGGAACUCCUUGUCAUGCUCUUAAAUAUAGAUCUGAUAAUAAGUUGUAUCACAUUCAAACUCCUCAGUCACCUGUUGUAAGACCUAAAAUGCACGACUACUACCAUUUGGAUGAUUAUCCAUUGGGUACCAAUGCUAUUGUUGCUGUUAUAUCUUAUACAGGCUUUGAUAUGGAAGACGCUAUUGUAUUAAACAAGCAUUCCGUAGAGCGUGGUUUCAAACAUGGCAGCAUUUAUAAAACAGAAAUUAUUAAUUUGAGGACCAUUUCUGGUGACCGUGGUCAGCAAGGCACAUUGGUUUUCUGUCGUAAAAAUGACCCUAAGUUUCUCAAAUUUGUUGAUGAAGAUGGACUGCCUCAUGUUGGUACAAGAUUAACUUAUGGAGAUCCUGUGUGCUGCUAUAAAGACAAUACAACUGGCGAAUUUUCAUUCGUUAAAUAUAAAUCAACGGAAGAAGCUUAUGUUCAUGAUGUGAAAAUUUUAGGCAAUGACACUGGAACUGAUACUAACCAACAAAUAGCUAUCAAAUAUAGAAUACCUCGAAACCCAAUUAUUGGUGAUAAAUUUGCCAGCAGACAUGGUCAAAAAGGAAUCUGCAGCUUGUUACUACCACCAGAGAAUAUGCCUUUCACGGAAGGAGGGAUGAUUCCUGAUAUUAUAUUUAAUCCACACGGUUUUCCUUCUCGUAUGACAAUCGGUAUGAUGAUUGAAAGCAUGGCUGGCAAAGCAGGAGCCAUGGAAGGAACAAUUCAUGAUGCCACCCCAUUUCAGUUUUCAGAAACUGACACGGCUGCCCAUUAUUUUGGAGAACGUUUAAAAAAAGUUGGAUUUGACUAUUAUGGCACUGAGAGGAUGUACAGUGGAGUUGAUGGUCGAGAACUCGAAGCUGAUAUAUUCUUUGGUGUAAUAUACUAUCAAAGGUUGAGACACAUGGUUGCAGACAAAUAUCAAGUUCGUUCCACUGGACCUGUUGAUCCUCUGACUCGUCAACCAGUGAAGGGUCGAAAGAGGGAUGGUGGUAUCAGAUUUGGUGAAAUGGAAAGAGAUGCCUUAAUUGCAAGUGGUGCAUCAGUACUCCUAUAUGACAGAUUUGCAGAAUGUUCUGACCUUGUUCAGCAAUAUGCUUGUAUGAAGUGUGAAAAUGCAUUAUCGCCGAUCUAUGAUCAUCAAGAAAGAAUGAUCACAAAUGUAGAAUAUACAGCACGUGAAUGGACCUGCACAAUAUGUGGCACUAACAAACACGUGACAUUGAUCGACCUUCCAUAUGUGUAUCGUUAUCUAUUUUCAGAACUUGCUGCAGUCAAUGUUAAAAUCCGCCUAAAAAUAGGAGACUUUCUAUAGGAUGUGGUUUCUAAAUUAAUUCAACUUCUUUGUUCGUCAAAAGAGUCAUAUUUUGUACAUCUGAUGUACUAUUUUUGUUGUAAAUAAAUGGACUAAUGAUUUUA